CACCAAAUUGUUUUUUCCGAUAUCUCACUUAUUAGUACAUAGAAAUUGAUGAAACUGGAACUAAACGAUAGUACAUUAAUAUACUUAGUGAAUCCAUGCACAAUUAUUCGAUGUAAUUGAAUAAAUGCAAUAAUAUUCAUAUUCCCCGAUAAUUUUAAAUAUUCCAUGGUGAAAUAGGUGAGAGGGAAAUAAGGACAUCUCGAAUUCCACUGAGAAGCCCAAAAAAUUGUUUCAAAACCACGGGUCCAAAGAUGGACCUCUGUUGAACGGUUAUUUGGAAGCCGUCCAAUGAUGGUCCAAUGUAUCCUCAUCUUCGUCGAUAAGGUAACUAUAGAGUUCUCCGGACAGGACUCACAAGCAUUCAAGGGUACGAAGCAAGGUCGCGUGUAUCUCACUACUCAUCGCAUGAUAUUCAACAACAAGAAUGCAAAUGACGGAAUAGCAUCGUUUAGUUUUCCGUUCGUGUCUCUAAAUGAUGUUCAACUUGAGCAGCCUGUUUUUGGAGCAAACCUUAUUAAAGGUAAAGUACGCGCACAAGAAAAUGGAAAUUGGACAGGAGAAGCUAAAUUUAAGUUGGUUUUCAAGAACGGCGGCGCUAUCGAAUUUGGACAAACCAUGUUGAGGGCAGCCGCAAUGGCUCAACGUAACGCAGGCACAGCGGCACCACCGCCGUACACCCCACCAGGUGGCGAAUGGUAUGCAGCUCCACCACCUGCAUAUACCGCAAACCCUUACAACUACGGAUGGGUACCAGCCACAACCGUAUUCCCGGAUCAACCAGCUCCAAAUUCGAUCUAUAUGCACGAUAGCCCUCCUCCGUAUCCUGGUAUAAUCGUUAAUGUUCCGCAAGCACACCCACAACAAGGCUAUCCGCAACAGGGUUAUCCAUAUCAAAGCUAUCCACAACAAGGUUACCCACAACAGGGAAAUGCUCAGAACGGAUACCAGCAGCAAGGUUUCCCACUUCAGAAUGACUAUUUCUAUCCACCACAACAUUCGGGUUAUCCAACUACUUCAAAUGUAGCACAAGGAUAUGGUGUGAAUGGGCUAGGCUUUUCUGGUGCAUCGAACGGAACCGUGGCUCUUCCGCCACAUCCUCCAGCAAAUUCAAAGGAAGCCGAGGCUGCGCAAAGUGCCUAUUAUGAUCCAAGCCAUCCUCAGACUUCUUUUGUUCCACCACAAGCAUACUACGAACCGCCGCCAAGCUACAGUUCGCUGAACAAACAAGAUAAAUAAAUGCAAUAUUCAUUUUACUCGCAUCAGAUUUUACAGCACCAAAUUUAUCGAUUGUUGGCUAUGUUAGGGACAGUUGAACAAUGAUACCUAUAAACCUCAAUUCAAUUUAUCUUAUCGAUUGGAAUAUGGUGUAUUGAAGCUGGUUUAUCGUAUUUCCCAACUAGGCUGCAUAUCAGAAGAUACAUGUGCUAUCGGAAAUAAACGCAGCCAUUCCAUAUUAAUUUGCUCCCUUUCGAUCUGAUCGUUUUAUUCUAUGUAUCUGCCAUUCCGGUUCGAACAGAACACCAUUUCCGAAAGCGCAUUAUAUCUGGUCAUGGUUUUGAGUUAUUGAUAGGUAUCAUGUUAUGCUGACCUAGAAUACAAUCGUUUUUCGCAAGUGAUAAGUACUUAUGUGCGAAUUAUCUAAGUAUAUAAAAAUUUGAGCACGUUAUAAAGGUAUAGAGAAACCUCUAAUUAUAUACUGUUUUAUUGCAAAAAUAUAUUCUGUAUAAACAAAUAAUGAACAUAAAUCAUGUAUUUCUUGGUUUGACUUGUA